AUGUCUGUCAUCAAGUCAAUUAAAGGAAGCGAUCAACUUCUUCUCGAUGGUUUUCGUUCUCGUCGAGAUAGAUUAGUAUGGCGUUGUGUAAAAGCUAACUGCAAAGGGCGUGCUCGUCAUGAUGGAAAUAUUUAUCAAAUGUAUCAAGAUCAUAUAUGUCAAGCACCAGAUCCAAAUGAAAUUGAAAAAGCUUUAUUUAAUUAUGAAAUUAAGAAGAAAGCAGAACAAUGUCAUGAUCCACCAAGAUUAAUUAUACACGAAGCACGGCUCAAAUUAUCAUCAGAUGCUGCUAUUACUAUUCCACAAUGCACUGCAUUACAACGUUCGAUUCAACGUAUUCGACAAGAUGAAAAUAUUCCAACAGAACCUAAAACAUUUGCCGAUAUUGUUAUUCCACCAAAUCUUCAAAAUACUGUUACAAAUCAAAAAUUUAUAUUGUAUGAUAAUAAUGAUCAUCAUCGUCGAUUAUUAAUAUUUGCCAGUAAAGAACAAUUAGAUUUUUUGAAUGGAUGUGAGAGCUGGCAUUGUGAUGGCACAUUUGCUGUAGCUCCACGAUUAUUCGAACAGAUGUAUUCUAUUCAUGGUUCAAUACGUGGAAAAAAUUUGCCAUUAGUUUACUCACUUUUACCAAAUAAAAAUCAAGAAACAUAUGAAGAAGUAUUUACAAUUGUUAAACAGCACAUUGAACGUAAACCAAAAUACAUCACAAUUGAUUUUGAAAAAGCGGCUGAAAACGCAUUUGGUGUUAUAUAUCCGCAAUGUGAUAUACUUGGUUGCUUCUUCCAUUUUAAACAAUGCAUAUGGAGAAACAUUUGUGAAUUACAUUUGAAAAAAGAAUUUCUUGAAAAUGAUAUUAGUCGUCGUUCAAUGAAAAAUUUAGCAGCAUUAGCUUUUAUUCCACCACAAAAUGUUAUCGAAGAAUUUGUUCGAAUAAAAGAAAAUGCGUCAGAUGUAUUAGAUGGUAAGAAGAUGUUUGCAUAA